GGCUGUGGGCUGCUGCAGCGGCGGCAGUAAGCGGUGCACAUCCCGGUGUGUGAAGAAAGCGGAUCACCUGCUUGGCUUCCACUGGAGCGGAUCUCAAUCAUCUCUCAGGCACUUUUCCAUACCCACCAGCUGUUUUGAUUUACUCUCCACAGCAGGUGACCUGGAACCAGUUGGGGAGGAGGAGAACAAAUGGAAAGGGAGCCAGGAGAAAGAGGAUGAGCGAGAUAGAGAGCAAGACCCGGGAGAUUCCUCAAGCAGAAUGGAAGUCCUCAUUCUGCCGGCUUGUGAUUUGAAAGGAACAAAGGCAACGUAGCCUAAGACGUCCGUAUCAUCCGUGUUUUGCCCUGUGUGGCCUCCCUCUAUUUAUCUCACUCGGAGUCAUGGUCUUAAUCUGAACACAAAAUAAAUCCCUUUAAUCCCUUCUCCCCCACAGCCGUCUGCUCGUGACGUCUAAUUCAUAACGUCCCAUUGUCAUGGAGAAGACCUACUCGCUAACCGCGCACUAUGAUGAGUUCCAGGAAGUGAAAUAUGGCGGCCGCUACAGCAGUGACAUCCUCAGUAAUGGUAUGACCCUUCACUUGGGUGGCAGUCUGGACCGUCACAUGACGCGCGGGCAGGGAAGCACCUGGUCAAAUGGUCGCAACAGAGAUGCGAGCAGCACCGGCAGCGGUGGCGGGCUCCCCCGGUGGAGCCGGAGAGAGAUUUGCCUCCUUUCGGCUUUGGUCUUCGCAGCGGGCAUGUGUGUCAUUUUAGGAAGCAUGCUAGCAAUGAAAUACAUUUCGCUGGAGGCCCAGCAAGAUCCGCAGUGCAGGCAGGACUGCCAGCGGCGACGCGUACUGUUGCGGGCGGCGCGUUUUGUGCAGGGCAAUAUUGACCCCACCAUCCAGCCCUGCCAAGACUUUUACUCCUUUGCGUGCGGAGGCUGGUUGAGACGUCACGCCAUCCCAGAGGACAAGCUCAGCUAUGGAAUCAUUACAGCCAUAGGAGAGCACAAUGAAGAAAAACUGCAGCACAUACUUAUGGAGCCAAUUCAGAGACGUGAGCCCGAAUCGGCAGAGCGCAAAGCCAAGGAGUUUUACAGAUCCUGCAUCAACAUUCAAGAGAUCGACAAGCUAGGCUCUGACCCCAUGAUGGAGGUGAUUGACAGCUGCGGAGGGUGGGAUCAGGUUGGGGCUCCUCCUGGGGCUGCAGGCUGGGAGAAAGAAGGUGCCCCACAAAGACCAGAUUUCAAUGAACUGCUUUAUAGGACGCAGGGCGUGUACAGCACUGCUGUGUUUUUCUCUCUCACCGUCAACGUGGAUGACAAGAACUCUUCUCGGAAUGCAAUCAGGAUUGAUCAGGAAGGACUCACACUGCCUGAGAGAAGUCUUUACUUGGGUCAGGAUGAAGACAGUGUCAAGAUCUUGGCGGCAUACAAGGCCCUCAUGGAGCGCUUACUAAGCAUGCUGGGAGCUCACAAUGCUACACAAAAGUCCAAGGAGAUUAUACAGCUGGAGACUCGUCUAGCCAAUAUCACCAUGUCAGAUUAUGAUGACCAAAGAAAGGACGUCAGCACGAUGUAUAACCGUAUUACACUCAGGCAGCUACAGCGCACUGCUCCUGGUCUUCACUGGAAACGCCUGCUGGAUAAAAUCUUCCAAGACAACUUCUCUGAAGACAAGGAGAUCGUGGUGCUUGCCACAGAUUACAUACAAAAAGUGUCCGACAUCAUCAAGACCACCUCAAAAAGGGUUCUCCAUAACUACAUGCUGUGGCGCAUUGUGGCAGCGCUAAGUGAACAUCUGUCAACCGCCUUCCGAAGCACCAUCCAUGAGUUUUCCCGGGAGAUUGAUGGCACCGAGCAGCAGCUGGAGCUGGGCAGACUGUGCCUCACGCAGGCCAACAAACACUUUGGCAUGGCCCUGGGAGCUCUCUUUGUCCAGCAGCACUUCUCCUCACAGAGCAAGGCGAAGGUGCAAGAGUUGGUAGAGGAUAUAAAGCAUUCCCUGGACCUGCGGCUGCAGGAGCUUGACUGGAUGGAUGAGGCCACCAAGGAGGCAGCCAGAGCAAAGCUGAAGUACAUGAUGGUCAUGACAGGAUACCCAGACUUCCUGGUCAAACCUGAGCUCAUAGAUCGCGAAUAUGGGUUUGACGUGGAUGAGAAAACCUACUUCAAGAACAUUCUCAACACCAUCAAAUUCAACAUUAAGCUGUCCAUCAAGAAGAUUCACGAAGAAGUGGACAAGACAGUGUGGAUACUCCCCCCACAGGCCCUAAAUGCCUACUACCUUCCUAACAAGAACCAAAUGGUUUUCCCAGCCGGCAUCCUUCAACCCACUUUGUACAACCCUGAAUUCCCUCAGUCUUUGAACUAUGGUGGAAUAGGAGCAAUCAUUGGACAUGAACUGACUCACGGAUAUGACGACUGGGGGGGGCAGUAUGAUCGCCAUGGCAACCUCCAACAGUGGUGGACAGAGGAGAGCUACAGAAAGUUCCAGAAGAAGGCUGAAUGUAUCGUUAAGCUCUACGAUAAUUUCACAGUUUACAAUCAAAGGGUUAACGGUCGCUUGACAUUGGGAGAGAACAUAGCUGACAUGGGAGGACUCAAGCUGUCAUACUAUGCUUAUCAAAAGUGGGUGAGAGAACAUGGCCCAGAGAGACCCUUACCAGGGCUCAAAUAUACACACGAGCAGCUGUUCUUCAUUGCCUUCGCUCAGAAUUGGUGUAUGAAAAGAAGAUCUCAAUCUAUCUACUUGCAGUUGUUAACAGAUAAACAUGCACCAGAACACUACAGAGUGAUUGGCAGCGUUUCCCAGUUCAAUGAGUUUUCUCGCGUUUUCCAUUGUCCGAAGGGUACUCCCAUGAACCCUGAUGACAAAUGCUCUGUAUGGUGACCUCACUGAAAAUGAACUUAAAGAUCCCCGCCAACACACGACACACACACACGCCUCAUCACUACUAAUUCAUCACAAGCAAUCAGACCGCAUUCAUCCGACAUGAGGACAAAAGUCUUUUCACGUUCAUCAGUGCAAACAUAUUGAAUUAGCCAUGCUCAGUCAUCAGCCGAAGAAAGCAUUGUCUAUUAACCAAGCAAUCAAUCAUGCAUAAAUCACAUAAACACAUAUCAUUCACCAUAUAUAUUUUUUUAUAUUUUAGAUUACUAUUAGUAUUUUUUUUGCAAAUCAUCUAUUUUUGUAUUGUAGCAAAAAUAAGUCCAUAAUGUAUUUCAGUUCAGUUAUGUUUUACUUGAGAAACACAAUACUCAGUAACUUAUCCUCUGGUGCAUCAACUAGAACAUUCUCGGAAAAUUACAUGAGGUAGAAGAGUGAUUUCAGUGCAGACUGGAAUAUUUUUUUUUCUCAACUGCAAUGACAGCAUUGUUUCGCAUUGCUAAAUGUUGCUUCUCUCCGCUCCGUACUGUAUACAAGUUGGCUCUUGCUCAUGUGGUUGAGAGCGCAAAGCUCAUUGUCAUGACUGUUGUAUCGUUUGCCUGCAUUGUUCUCUUGUCAGAGUAUUUGUACCUUUUCAAGCGGCGUCAAGUGUUUUUUUUUGUAACAGGUGGAUUCAUUAUUGACCUUUUUUCUCAGGAAAUGUAGCACCAAAACUCACUCACCUGGUACAACACUCACCUCAUUGCCCAAAUUAACGAGCUGGUAUUUGUAAACAAACAAGCAAACAAAAAUAAUUCCUCAUUGGACUUUUUCCUUGGAUUUAUCAGACAAGCUCAUGUAAUCAUGAAACCCAGUAAACCCAGCAAAGCAGUGCAUUCGAUUCCUCUAAAAUCACGGUCAAACCUCAAAUAACAGAAUACAACACCCGAAUGUGUGUGCAUUCAAUACACUAAAACAACAAAUCUCUGGUGGAAAUGCCAUUUCUACUGUGUUAUUUUAAAGAAAAUGCUUUUGUAUACCAGAUGUGAGUCAGGUGUUAUCAUUGUGAACUUUUAACAGAAAGAGCAUGUUCCCUCCCUUUGACACUUAACAUCACAAAGCUCAAACAGGUGUACUGUACAUGACAGCUACUAGUUCAAAUGUGAUUGCUAUCACUUCCCCUCUAUGGUUGCUGUUCAAUGUUUGAAUAAAUUCAAACAACUCUUGU